GUGCUCUCAUAUCGUAGUAUGCAUACAUGGAUCCAAAGGAUAUUUUUCACCCCAAGGUGAGUCCCACACUUGAAAAAGCUGUCAAUUUCCAUGGCGAUGGAAAAGGGAGAUUUUGAUCUUCACUGUAUAAAUAGAUCCUCACUCACUCCCCCAUAUCAACUUCAUAUCCAAUUUCAUCAUAUACAAAUUCCUUGUAAACUUUAACAAUGGCGGCUACCUUUGAAGAAUCAACAACUCUCGAGUUCAUUCGACAACACCUUCUCGGUGACGUUGCCACCCCCGAUGCUUUCAUAAACACCCUCGAUUUUGACCUUUCUCACCUUCAACCCCAAAGCCAUCAACUCCCUGAAAUCUUCACCCAUGGUGUAGAACCAGGGCCGAUAACAAAGGGGCCACUCUGUGAAGAGAAAAGGCAUUAUAGAGGUGUACGAAGAAGGCCAUGGGGAAAGUUUGCGGCGGAGAUCCGUGACCCGAACCGGAAAGGGAUUCGGGUAUGGUUAGGGACUUACGAUAGUGAUGUCGAUGCUGCUAAGGCUUAUGAUUGUGCUGCGUUUAAAAUGAGGGGUCAGAAAGCAAUAUUGAAUUUUCCACUUGAAGCCGGAGAGGGAAGCCAGCCACCGGCGGUUACUACCGGGAGGAAAAGGAGGAGAGAGAAGAGAGUUUGGUUGCCGGAAAGUGACGUCACAUCGCCGGGAAGUAGCGAAAUGGCAUGGGAGGUGAAGGAAGAAGAGGGUGAGCUUGAUGAUGAUGAUCGGAAUGGACUCUCUCUCUUAACUAGAAAACAUUUAUGGUGACAUGUUAGAUAAUGUACUAAAUGCCCAAACCACAUCAUAUUUAAAUGUAUUUUAUAAUAAUAUGUACGUAAGUAAUCAAUAUUACCAAAUAGAAAUCACGGGAGUUAAUAGAAA